UCCAUUUCAAACCCAAGUCAAAAUUCAUUUCAAUAUACACUUCAAAACAUCAAUAUUAGUAAUUCUUGUGUUUAAAAUGGGAAAAGGUUUGGUUGGAAUAUCUCAUGCUAAAGAGAAGCUUAGAAGAACGAUUUCACCAAGAAAUGGAAGCAUUUCAUCUACUACAAAUGAUGUACCAAAGGGGCAUUUUGCAGUUUAUGUUGGUGAAACAUAUAGGAGAUUUGUUGUUCCAAUUUCUUACUUGAAUCACCCUUUAUUUCAAGAUUUGUUGCAUUGGGCUGAAGAAGAAUUUGGGUACAAUCAUCCUAUGGGAGGUAUUACAAUUCCAUGUAGUGAAGAUUACUUCAUUAGUCUCAUUUCUUUACUAAAGUCAUCAUAGACUUUAAAGAAUUGUAACCCCAUAGUCUUAGUGAUUUUUCUUUCUUUUUAUCCCCUCUUUUUGCUAUACCAUUUGGUAUCUGGAAUUCAUUGGUCCAACUGAUCCGGAUUAUGCAGCAAUAUAGAGGUCUCCUUUUCCAAUAGGA